GAGCGGAGAGGCGGGAGGCGCGCGGACCUGUCCUCUCUACUGCGGAACGCCGCGCGCUGCGCUGCUUGCCUGGAGAUUCCAAAAUAUCUACCUUUGGAUUCAUUUUUUAACACGAACCUUCCUUAACGGGUUUUUAUUUUUUUAUUGUUUUUUUUGCCGUCCACCUUUUGUGUGUUAUUAUCGAAAACUGAACCGCUAGGAAUUAACCGUUUCCCGGGGAGGAAGAACAGGUGGAUUAAGUGCUAUUUUGGAUUUGCUGUUUGUGUGGAUAUGAGACGUUGUGGCUCCGUGGGCGCUCAGAUGGAGUAGCAGGCUGCGAUGUCCUCUCUAUUUCGGCUUCUGGAGCGAUGUGGCACAGAAAUGGGACCAAGUUUGAACAAGUUUGGUUUGCUGACGCCGUGAGGCUAUCCGGCAAAACCGAAACUGCGCGAAGGGGCGGACGGCACAGGGGCCGUUUAUCUGUGGGUAAAGAUGUUGACGGGGAGACAGCAGCGGAAACAUGCCGCCAGAGCUCAUCCACACCAACUCUACUGCCGCGGCUUCGCUUGAUGACACUAAAGGGUAACGGUAUGGGUCGUGUCGGCUGGGUUCUCCUCACCCUACCAGCCUUGCUGUCCCAGAUCAGUGUUCCGGCCGCGGCCCAGAAGCCACCUGGGCUAAGUGUGGGCGUGGUCAUGGGUCAGACACGGCCAAUCAGUGAUCAGGACAUAAUCCCGGUGAGGCGGAGCGAUGACCCUCUGGAUGUGACAGUAACCACCUUGAGAAUCAACCAGACAGACCCCAAGACUGUCAUCACUCAGGUGUGUGAGCUGCUCCAGAGAAAGCCUCUUCAUGGUGUUAUCUUCGCUGACGGGACGGACCAGGAAGCUAUCUCUCAGAUCCUGGACUUCCUGUCCUCUCAGACGUUACUUCCUGUCCUGGGUGUCUACGGGGGAUCAUCCAUGAUCAUGGCUGACAAGGAUACCAAGUCUACGUUCUUCCAGUUUGGAGCGUCUCUCAUGCAGGAGGCUCUUCUGAUGAUGAACAUCAUGGAGGAGUACGACUGGCAUAUCUUCUCUAUAGUCACCUCCAAGUUCCCCGGAUACCAGGAGUUCAUCAGUGUUCUGCGUGUCACGGUGGACCACAGCUUUGUCCGCUGGGAUCUUCAGAGCGUGGUGACCCUGGACGCAGUCGACGGAGACGCCAACUCCAAAGCCCACAUACAGCUGAAGAGAAUCCAGAGUCCAGUUAUAUUACUCUACUGUUCCAAAGAGGAGGCCAGGUAUAUAUUGGAUGAGGCCAGGUCUCUUGGUCUGACUGGUUCUGGGUACAUCUGGAUUGUACCAAGUCUGACCACAGGGAAUCCUGACUUGACCCCAGACAUCUACCCACUGGGGAUGAUAUCUGUGUCGUACAACGAGAUGGAGUACCCUCUGGAGAGUCGUCUAAGAGACGGAGUGGGCAUUAUCGCCACGGCAGCCGUCUCCAUGCUCAGAGAGAAGGGGGAGGUGCCAGAGCCACAUGGCAGUUGCUACAGCCAACCAGAGAAGGGAAAAACUCCGCCCAGCGCCCUUCGAGGACACAUGAUGCACGUGACCUACGAGGGGCGGGACUUAUCUUUCACUGUAGAUGGUUACCAAGCCAACCCCAAACUGUCUGUCAUCGUCCUCACUCCAGAUAGGAAGUGGCAGAAGAUGGGGCGUUGGGAGAACGGAACGCUGUCUCUGAUGUUUCCUGUGUGGCCCAGGUAUAACUCUUGGGGAGAUGAAGAGGCUGAUGAGAACCACCUGUCCAUUGUGACCCUGGAGGAGAAACCGUUUGUCAUCGUAGACAAUGUAGACAUUCUGACAGGCACUUGUAUGAGAAACUCUGUCCCAUGUAGGAAACAUGUUAAAAGUAACUCGACGAGGGAUGGAGGUUCAUAUAUUAAGCAGUGCUGUAAAGGCUUCUGUAUCGACAUCCUGAAGAAAAUUGCUAAGUAUGUCAAGUUCACCUUUGACCUCUACCUAGUGACCAACGGUAAACAUGGCAAGAAGGUCAACAACAAGUGGAACGGGAUGGUAGGAGAGGUGAUUGAAAAGAAGGCAGCAAUGGCCGUGGGUUCGUUGACCAUCAAUGAGGAGAGGUCGGAGGUUAUUGACUUCUCUGUCCCCUUCGUAGAGACCGGCAUCAGUGUCAUGGUUGCCCGUAGCAACGGCACUGUCUCUCCAUCUGCCUUCUUGGAGCCCUUCAGUGCAUCAGUCUGGGUGAUGAUGUUUGUGAUGCUGCUCCUUGUCACGGCGAUCGCUGUCUUCCUGUUUGAGUUCGUCAGUCCACUGGGAUUCAACCGCAACUUGGCCCAGGGCAAAGACCCCCACGGCCCGUCGUUCACUGUCGGCAAGGCGGUGUGGCUGCUCUGGGGUCUGGUGUUCAACAACUCUGUGCCGGUCCAGAACCCCAAAGGCACCACCAGUAAGUUCAUCGUGUCGGUCUGGGCCUUCUUCGCCGUCAUCUUUCUGGCCUCGUACACCGCCAACCUGGCUGCCUUCAUGAUCCAGGAGGAGUUUGUGGAUCAAGUCACUGGUCUGUCUGACAACAAGUUUCAGAACCCGUAUGCCUACUCUCCUCCGUUUCGUUUUGGGACGGUUCCAAACGGUUCCACAGAGAGGAACAUUAGGAAGAAUUACCCUGACAUGCAUGAGUACCUUGUCAAAUACCACCAGGGAGGGGUUCAAGAUGCUCUGAUCAGCCUGAAGGCAGGGAAGCUGGAUGCGUUCAUCUACGAUGCGGCGGUGUUGAACUACGCGGCCGGCAGGGAUGAUGGCUGUAAGCUGGUGACCAUUGGAAGUGGGUACAUCUUUGCCACCACAGGCUAUGGCAUCGCUCUGCAGAAAGGAUCCCACUGGAAACGCCAGGUGGACCUGGCCAUACUGGCCAUCAUAGGAGAUGGUGAGAUGGAGGAGCUGGAGGCCAUCUGGCUGACGGGGAUCUGUCACAACGAGAAGAACGAGGUGAUGUCCAGUCAGCUGGACAUAGACAACAUGGCCGGUGUGUUCUACAUGCUGGCCACAGCCAUGGGCCUGGCACUCAUCACCUUCAUAUCAGAACACCUGUUCUACUGGAGGCUGAGAUACUGCUUCACCGGGAUCUGCAGUGGACGCCCUGGACUACUCUUCACCAUCAGCAGGGGUAUCUGGUCAUGUAUACAUGGCGUCCACAUAGAGAUGAAGAAGAAACCCCCAGAGCUGGACUUCUCCCCUCAAGCCAACAUGCUGCACCUCCUGAAGUCAGCUAAGAACAUCACCCUGUCAUCUCCCAAACGCUCCCCAGCCCUGAUGCAACCAAAUAUCAUCCACAUGAUAAAAGGUGGUUCCUACGAGGUCCCUGGGGUACAGAGGCAGACCCACUGCCGGUCCUGUUUGGGGAAGUUAUCGGGCUACUCUGGCCUGUACACGGUUCGCUCUCCUCAGAACCGCUGCGAUGCCUGCGUCCACCUGGGAAAUCUGUAUGACAUCAGCGAAGACCAGCUACAGCACCAAGCCUACUCACAGACACACACACACUCCCCGCGCACACACUCCCCACACACACACUCCCCACACACGCACUCCCCCCACACACACCCCCACGCUGGCGGGGACAUGUUCACCCACUACCUGCCUCAGAGCGAGCUGGGUCUGGUGGGCGAGGGAGACGGGCUAGUGAGUCACUACCUCCCCCCGGUCGGAGCCUCUCCCCCAGGGUCUCACCUCUCCGCCCAGCGCCUUCAGCUUAGCCGGCAGCACUCGUACGAGAACGUCCCAGAAAAACAGCAGCAAGGAGGGGGGCCGCGGGGGAACCGAGACGCAGAGCAGUUCAGAGGGCUCAGCCUGCCGGACCGGGACAGCAUAAGAAACCCGGCCGGGCUCCUGCAGGACAGCCCUUAUGCCAACGUGCUCACCAUGCGGUCUGCCAAGGGCCCCUCCUCGCCACUCAACCACUCCCUGGACACGCCCCUCCCCAUGCCCCUCCCCCGCCGCUCCAAGUCGCUCUACCCUGACAGGCCCUCCCACAACCCCUUCCUGCAGGGCGGCACCGGGCAGCGGAGGGGGGAGACCAGCCUGGCCGCUGCACAACGCAUGGCACACGGCCGCUCUGCCACCGACAUCUACAAGCAGCUGGCGCCCCUGGCGAUGACGCUUGGAAACCACCCUGGGAAUCACCACAGCAACCACCAGGAGUUCUUCUACCCCAUGGCUGCCCCGGAGACCGCCGUGUCAUAUGUGAUGGCUCCGCCCAUAGUGGCCCAUCAGCCAAUCAGCUAUGUGACAGCUCCCAGGGCCGCUAGCGCUGGUGGCAACAGGCCACGCCUCUACCGACGCAUGCCCAGCAUCGAGUCCGACGUCUGAGACACACACACACACAGAAAAGAGAGAGUGUGUGUGCUGCUUUAUGGGCGAGGGACAAGCUCUAACUACACACCCACACACACACACAGACAUAUGCACAUCGAACAGAACAGUUCUGACUGUAUGAGGACUAAUAACCACUGAUACUAAAUACAGAGAGGAGAGGAGGAGAGGAGGGGCAUCAUGGACUCCACAGUUGAACAGGAGGAGAUGGACUGAUUGGACUGCAUGCUUACUGGUUCUGGUUAGGAAUGUUGCCUGGAUACUUGGAGUGUUGUGACCUCUGCCCUCUGACCCCUCCUCUGGGACCGCCCUGACUGGGCCUCUCUACACUGUAACAUGUUGCACUACAACAGAUGUGUCUGGUCUGUCAGCCGUCAGCUAGCCAUAGUACUGACCUGAGACUAGCUAUCCAAUCAGGGUUCGUCUCCUCCUAGCGACCUGUGAGCUAGAAUGAACAGAACACAGCAGAACAGACAAUGGCAUCACCAAGGAGACAGAACUGUGAUGUCAAUGCAACAUUCCACAUGAAGAUAUAAACCAAAUACGGCCAUCAGUUGGUCUCUUCCUCCCCCAGCUCAGACCGAAUAUGGAAUGAGGAUUUCAUUUAUUCUGUUCUAUUCAUUCUAGAAUGGUGAUGUCAUGUAGUGUGUUCUAAUCAUUCUAGCUCUGUGGCGUUAGCACCCCCUUACCCUGCAUGCUUCCUAACACUCUUACACGGAGUAAAACACAUAUUCACAUAUACAGUUCGUAUUAAGACUGAAGCUAUUAGAUAGUUGUUCACUCUGAUACUGUGCCCCUGUCACAUGACCAAAAAUACUUUUAUAGAACUCAACUGUUACAUGCACAAACACACACACAGCCUGUUGGCAGGGCAGUGUGUUCUUUAACUGAGUAACUGAAUAGAUGUUUAAACAGUAGAGGAGUGACACUGUCUUUUCCACUUUAUAACAGCUAUUAGCCCUGACACACACACACCCACACACACACAAAGCGUUUUCUUCAGAGAGUAAAACACUGUUUAAAUCCCAAACUGCACCUUUUUAAUAGUGGUGAAAUGCCCUUAUUGUCUUUUUUCAACAGAAUUGAUGUGAUGAUGAUGAUGAUGAUGCUAUUAUGCACAAUAUCAGGUUGCAAUAUUAUAUAAUAUUUCUGUACAGAGAAAUUAAUCCAUUAUCAUGGUUUUUAAAUGUUUGAUUUAUUUACUGGUUAAUUUGUUUGAUUUUAUCAUUAAUGGUAAUUCUUAUAGAUUUUUGAAAUGUGGUUUAAUUCUUCUGCUUCUGAAAGGCAUGUUCUGCUGUUUCUGCAUCCUUUAACUCAUUAAUUGAUUGAUUGAUAAAUCAGUUAGUCAGCUGAUUGGUUAAUCACAAACAAUUACACUGUAAAUAAGUCGACAAAGUUACAAUAAAUAAUGUGAUAUUUUUA